AGUUUUAGCGCUUGUAGAUAAACCAGUGAAGAUGGGAGGUGCUGUGAGUGCGGGGGAAGACAACGAUGAGUUAAUCGAUAACCUGAAGGAGGCUCAAUACAUCCGUUCAGAACUGGUAGAGCAAGCCUUCCGAGCCAUCGAUCGAGCAGAUUACUACCUGGAGGAGUUCAAAGACAAUGCCUACAAGGACCUGGCUUGGAAGCAUGGAAACAUUCAUCUCUCGGCGCCGUGCAUUUACUCUGAGGUGAUGGAGGCUUUGGAUCUGCAACCAGGGCUCUCAUUUUUGAAUCUUGGCAGCGGCACUGGUUAUCUGAGUUCUAUGGUUGGACUCAUCUUGGGUCCCUUUGGUGUUAACCAUGGUGUGGAGCUUCACUCCGACGUGAUUGAAUAUGCAAAGCAGAAAUUGGACUUCUUCAUCAAAACAAGUGACAGCUUUGACAAAUUUGAAUUUUGUGAGCCAUCUUUUGUUACUGGGAACUGUUUGGAGAUUUCUCCAGACUGCACUCAGUAUGACCGUGUUUACUGUGGGGCUGGAGUGCAGAAGGAACAUGAAGACUACAUGAAGAACCUGCUGAAAGUGGGAGGAAUUCUUGUCAUGCCUCUAGAAGAGAAGUUGACUAAGAUAACUCGGACUGGCCCUUCUGCCUGGGAGACCAAGAAGAUUCUGGCUGUUUCCUUUGCUCCUUUGGUUCAGCCUAACCACGCAGACUCAGGGAAGUCAAGGCUCGUUCACCUCCCCCCGGUGGCCGUUCGCAGCCUGCAGGACCUGGCUCGCAUAGCCAUCCGGGGGACCAUUAAAAAGAUCAUCCACCAGGAGGCCCUGAGCAGAGCUGGGGGUGGGCUGAAGGACCCGCCCCGCUUCAAGCGCAGGCGCCUGCGCCGCCGCCGCAUGGAGACCAUCGUUUUCUUGGACAAAGAGGUCUUUGCCAGUCGCCUCUCCAGCCCCUCAGAUGACAACAACAACAGCGAGGAGAUGGAGGAGGAGAGAAGAGAAGAGGAAGAAACGAAACCCUCUGAACUCAAGCCAGACCCUCCCAUAAACUUUUUGAGAGAGAAGGUCUUGAGCCUGCCUUUGCCCGACCCCUUGAAAUAUUACCUGCUCUAUUAUAGGGAGAAGUAA